UUGAUUUUCUCGUCGUUGUUUUUGUGGAUUUAAGCAGCUGAUUCGAUCGUCCGUCAAGAAACGUGAAUCACCGUUGUGCAUCUAUCUUGGCUCUUUUCGCUUUAGUGCUGGGUGCGCCUUCCUAAUUCAGCUGUGCUGUGUUUACUGCGCCGUUUCUGUGGUGACGUUUUGGUUCCCUCAACCGCUAAAACUACGGAGAGCGAGAAACAACACGCCUGCAACGUGGCCGGCGUCGCAUUUCCCUCAUUCUCCUUGACUGCUUAAGAAGAGAAGCCUUGACCACCCCGACAUAUUUUUCUGAGCUUUUUCAAGUCUUUGACUCGAGAUUGUUCAUUUCGCCAUGGCGCGCUCUCUUCCCAAGAAGAAUAACCCUCUUAUCUCGGGGGAUGGUGCCCCUGCUUACGAUGAUCUCCUGACGCGUCGUCGUCUGGGAAAGACAAAUCUCGCCGUUAAGGCGACGCAGAUCGGCACGUCCAAUGCGACUCGCCCGGAGAACCUGGGUCCCUUUGAGUACGCUCAUCUACGCGCGCCUUUGCCUAAGGAUCUGAAAGGCUCUGAGAUCUUCCCCUCGCACACUCCGCAACAGCACCCAGAGACCUACUUUUUGAUGCGGCGGAGCAAGGAUGGAUUCGUGAGCGCUACUGGCAUGUUCAAGAUCGCUUUCCCGUGGGCGAAGGUCGAGGAGGAAAGAUCCGAGCGUGAUUACCUCAAGGCACGGGAGGAGACCAGUGAGGACGAGAUUGCGGGUAAUGUAUGGAUUUCGCCGGGUUUCGCCUUGGAGUUAGCCAAGGAGUACCAGAUGUUCGAUUGGGUUCGUGCAUUGUUGGAUCCUACCGAUAUCGUCCAGAGCCCAUCGAGUGCCAAGAAGCAAAUCACUCCCCCUCCCAAAUUCGACAUCCCGCCGAUCGAAGCUCCCGUUCAACUUUCCGCUGCCGCAACACGACUCAGACGGGGACGGUCCGCAUCGCCUAGCAAGAGAGCUGCUUCGCCACGCAAGUCCAGAACCACGCGGGCCAUCAAGGAGGCUAACGUUGCUGCUACGAAUGCUGCAAAUGCCAGUCUUCAGUCGUCGUUGGAUGCUGAUGCCGGGUCGGCCAAUGGAACCGUGGAGCAAAGUGUGGAAGUCGACGAGGAGGAAACAAAGUCAGAAGUGGUGGAGAAGCCACGGACAACAACCAGGUCGAGGAAGACUGCCGCUCCGGCUGAGCCAGAAGAAGAGGAAGAAAAGAAGGUCAAGGUUGAUGUCGAAGAAUCCGUGGACAAGGCAAAGGACGCUCAGACGAAGCAGACCACCUUCUCGGUUGAGAUGCCCGUCAAAUUCCUCCCCGACGCACCCUCCGCAGAGGACACGGCGCAGAUGAUUGCCAAGGCAAAAGAGAUGGUGCAAGAAGCAGUCGACAGCAAAGCCGCAGAGGGAGAGCCCACAGAGUCAUCAUCAAAGGGCGCUCAAAAGCGCAAGCCAGAUGAUCUGAGUGAAGACUCGGAGGACGAAGAGACCAAGGCCGCUUCGACCCAGCGUGUUAAGCGGGCGAAGGUGUUGGAAGAGAAGCUCAAGCGGGAACGAGUGAGGAACCGUGCCUUGGUUGGAGUCACAGCUGCUUUUGCCCUUGCGGCCUCGAUUCCUUACUUCUUUUAGUUUCCUCUCUGCAGAGUAUGCUCUACUUUAAUUCGGUUAUUGUCUACUCAGUCUUCCUGGGGAUACCUUCUCGGAACGACGUCCAGUCCUUGAUUCCCUUCCUUAUUCUCAGUCCGACAUCCCCGUCCUCGUUUUUCAAUUUUCUUCACCCCGGGCCCUUCUGACCCUGUUGGUUUUCGAUGUAUUGUAUUGACACCUUACACCUCUUUCUAAUGUUCACUCUGUUGCUACAGUAUGGCAGAUAUAGCAAUUGGCGGGAUCCUGGAGAUCGGAAGCGAAGCGUCUGUUUCUACGUUCCUUUGUUCAUGGGCUUUUCCUUUUCCUUUUCCC